AUGAGGCCUGCAACGGGUAAAAGAAAGGUGAAACUUGCAUGGAUCGUCAAUGAGAAUGCAAGAAAAGCCAGUUUGAAGAAGAGGAAACUAGGGUUGGUGAAAAAGGUUCAAGAACUCACGAUCUUGUGUGACGUCAAGGCUUGUCUGAUCAUUUUCAGCGCUGACGAGGCCGCCCCGCUGGUCUGGCCGAAUCCCGAGGUGGCCCGCGGCCUCCUCGACCGUUAUUUCGCGUUACCCGACAUCGAAAGGAGCAAGAAGGCGACCAAUCAAGAGUCCUAUCUAAGGGACAAGACGGGAAAAGCUCAAGAACAAUUGCUCAAGAGUCAAAAGAAGAACCGAGAAGCUGAGAUGGAUCAUCUAAUGUUCGAGAUAAACAACGGUAAUAAAAGAUUAUCAGAUCUAUCUACAAACGAAGUCUAUAGCCUGAUCUCGUACUCGAGGGAGAAGAUCGGGUUAUUGAGGAAAAGGGGUGAGUUGAUUCACCAGCCACCACUACGUAACGUUCCGGGCCUUCCCAACCAGCCGGCGAACAGAGAUGCAGCCGCGGGAGGGGAAGGAAAUGGUGUUGGUGCUAACCCUAUGGACGACCAAAAUCAGUACUUGAUGGAUCAAUGGAUUUUCCAUCCAGCCGGUUCAUCCACCGUCGCCUUGCCCCUUUCGGUCGCUCCUCCGACUGAACAGCAAACGAUCACUUAUCAAGACGAUCCGACCUAUAUCCAGAUGGGUAUAUCUCUACAGCAACCUGGGAGCUUUCUUCCGGCCCAAGGAAACGGCGGCAGCAGUAGCAGCACAAACCCUAAUCUGGAGAUGAGUCUGAUGUCUGCGCAGAAUUCUAAUGUAAAUUUCAACGGUAUGUCUCGUUUAGCAAAUCAUCCGUCCUACCAGAGGAUAAUGAACAUGAAUCUGAACAAUAACAGCGACAACCCGAGGGGUGAAACGAGCUUAGUUCCCAUGGGACUUGGCCUUCCCUCAAUUGGAGGUCAUUCACGUGUUCAACCCAUGAUGAUGAGCCAUUUGCGAUCAUUCCAUUCAAAUUUUACUGGCAAUGAACUCGGAAUGAUGGGUGCUGCUGCAAGAGAAGGAAGUAGCAGUAGAGCACCAUUCAGAAGUGAUCUGAGGUUGAACCAUCAACGCAAUCGAGGAGAGAGCAGCUCGGCCGGUGGGGCCCUGAGGCUGCAGCCGCCUGGUGAAGGGUCAUCAUCGGUUCCUCGAGAUGUGGAUAUGGACGGUCCUUCCGGUUCGAACAAGGAUCCACCUGAUCAGUGA